AGUUAUGUAUUUUGCUUAGAAUACAUAUUGCCCUCUGCCUACAUAGCAUCAUUGGAUGUAUUUUCUGUCCAUCACCAGUUGUUUAAAUCCUACUACUUUUCUAGGGCCUCUCCCUAUUUCCCUUCUUCCAUGAAGAUUGCUGUGGUAGCUAUGAGAAUGCACCUCUCACAUUUUUGACUUCAGAGAGCAUUACUGACUGGGUGACCCAUGCUUCCCAUGGACUGUUCCCAGCUAAUGGUUGAGCAUGGCAGAGAUACUAAGGCAUCCAUUCCUGGGCCAGAUUGCUGUGACAAGUGACUUUGGCUUCAGAAAUUCCAAAUGGUCUUGUCAAACUUUCCUUAGAACUGCAAUGGGGUAUAAGAUCCUUCUGUCUUAUCUUUCUUCCUUCACUCUGGGUCAAUAUUGCUUGCAUUGGAGUCUGAUGGCUUUCUCAGCCUCCUCCAUUUGCCUCCCUAUUUUAUCUCUCAAGCACUUCCUCUAAUACAUUUCUUGUACAUUAAUUCUGUCUUUCAUUCACUCCUCAGGGUCCCAGACCAACACAAGUGGUACCAGGACUAAUCCAAGAAAACAGGAGGGAGACAACAAAGCUACGGUGGCGAGCAUAGAUGGCUCACGCCUGGAAUCCUAGCAUCUCUGGAGGAAGAGAUCAGGAGGUUGGCAGUUCGAGAUCAGCCCUGGCAAGAAGCCUGGAGCUCAGGCCACCUGCUUCCCGCGUGCCGCCCACGCUGCGCAGGCGCACACCUCGCGGUACACACGCUUUACGCAGGAGCGUGCUUCAGUGCGCCGGUUGGGGCACGCCCGCCGAGCAAAGAUGGCGGCGGCAGUGCGGCUGGUGGCGGGCGGAGCAGGGCUCGGCGUUCGAGCUGGUGGCUUCCGCAGCACGGUCCGCAGCCUCAGUAGCCAGCCGGUCUCUGUCAGCGAGCGCAUCGAGCACAAACGCCGCACCGCCCUGCUGGGAGGAGGCCAGCGCCGCAUCGAGGCGCAGCAUCAGCGAGGAAAGCUAACUGCUAGGGAGAGGAUCAGUCUCCUGCUGGACCCUGGCAGCUUUGUGGAGAGCGACAUGUUUGUGGAACACAGAUGUGCAGACUUUGGAAUGGCUGCUGAUAAGAAUAAGUUUCCUGGAGACAGCGUGGUCACUGGACGGGGCCGAAUCAGUGGAAGAUUGGUUUAUGUCUUCAGUCAGGAUUUUACAGUUUUUGGAGGAAGUCUGUCUGGGGCACAUGCCCAAAAGAUCUGCAAAAUUAUGGACCAGGCUAUGGUAGCUGGGGCUCCAGUGAUUGGGCUGAAUGACUCUGGGGGAGCUCGGAUCCAAGAGGGGGUGGAGUCCUUGGCUGGCUACGCAGACAUCUUCCUGAGGAACGUCACAGCAUCUGGUGUCAUACCUCAGAUCUCUCUGAUUAUGGGCCCGUGUGCAGGUGGGGCGGUCUACUCUCCGGCCCUCACAGACUUCACGUUUAUGGUGAAGGACACCUCAUACCUGUUUAUCACUGGCCCUGAUGUUGUGAAGUCUGUCACCAAUGAGGAUGUCACCCAGGAGCAGCUUGGUGGUGCCAAGACCCACACCACCAUUUCAGGUGUGGCCCACAGAGCUUUUGAGAAUGAUAUUGACGCCUUGUGUAACCUCCGAGACUUCUUCAACUACCUGCCCCUCAGCAAUCAGGACCUGGCUCCAGUACGCGAAUGCCAUGAUCCCAGUAACCGGCUGGUUCCUGAGCUUGACACAAUUGUCCCUUUGGAAUCUACCAAAGCCUAUGACAUGCUGGACAUCAUAUAUGCGAUUACUGAUGAGCGAGAGUUUUUUGAGAUCAUGCCUAAUUACGCCAAGAACAUCAUUGUUGGUUUUGCAAGAAUGAAUGGUCGGACUGUUGGAAUUGUUGGCAACCAACCCAAGGUGGCCUCAGGAUGCUUGGAUAUUAAUUCAUCUGUGAAGGGUGCUCGCUUCGUCAGAUUCUGUGAUGCAUUCAAUAUUCCACUCAUCACCUUUGUUGAUGUCCCUGGCUUUCUGCCUGGCACAUCUCAGGAAUAUGGAGGCAUCAUCCGGCACGGGGCCAAGCUGCUCUAUGCGUUUGCUGAGGCCACUGUGCCCAAAGUCACGGUCAUCACCAGGAAGGCCUAUGGAGGUGCCUAUGAUGUCAUGAGCUCGAAGCACCUUCUUGGUGACACCAACUAUGCCUGGCCCACUGCAGAGAUUGCUGUGAUGGGAGCAAAGGGUGCUGUGGAGAUCAUCUUCAAAGGGCACAAGGACGUGGAGGCCGCCCAGGCGGAGUAUAUCGACAAGUUUGCCAACCCAUUUCCUGCAGCAGUGAGAGGUGGGGCUGGUGGGAGUGUGGCUUUGUCUGUCCAGUCUCUUGCUCAUUUUCUCUCCAGAAGACCUUUUGCCCUGCAGUUGGAUCUGUUGACUGGGGAAGGUUGGGUUAUCCCUGGGCAAGUCAUUACGUGUGAAUACUGGGGCCUACACAGGCUGCCUGGUCUCAGCAACACUGCAGAUGGGACUGCAUUUCUAGUUGUUGUCCCAGUUAUUCAGUGCUGUGUAAAAAUCUAUCCCAAACUCAGUGCUUUUUAACCAACCACCGUCUCCCCAUCCCCAAACACACACACUUACGGUUCUGAGAGUCAGUGAUUUGUUUGGUCUGGGCUCAGCUGGGUGGUUCUUCUGUGGCUUUUGUGUGGGAUCACUGAUGUAACUGUAGUCAUCUGGUAGCUUGAAUAGGGCUUGAUAGUCCAAGAUGGCCUCCCUUGUGUGGUGGGUACUGGCUGCUGGCUACAUCCUGCCUACUUGGCUCUCAACCUUCAGGAGUCCAGUCCAGGUUUAUGUACAUGGUGUCCUGGGAGUAGCAAAAGGAUUAGGGGAAGCUGUGGUGCCCUUGAUGGCUAAGUUAAGAAGUUGCAUAGUGUCACUUCUGCCAUAUUUUAUUGGCCAAAGCAAAUCACAAGGCAGGGUUAAGUAGAAUCUCCCUCUUGAUGGGAGAAGUACAGAAUCAUACUGGAGAAGGACCUGCAUACAGGGAAGGAAGAAAGUGUCAUAGCCAUUUUUGAAAAAUAGAUAUAUUUUCUUAAUUUUAUUUCCUGUUGAAUUCCUCUCGUCUGUGUGGAAGCAUUGGAGUAAGGUGCCUAGGGAGGGAGUUAAAAGUUGGCAGAACAGGCAAGCUUGUGGGAUGCAGGAAGGGUUCAUGGUCUUGGCACAUGCUCUGUCAGGUUGGGCUUGCUCACACUGUUAGCUGAGCAUGUGGUUGGUGUGGGGUGGCAUAGGCUGUGCAGUCCAUGAGCUCCUUCUCUGUGCUUCACCAGGGUUUGUGGAUGACAUCAUUCAGCCGUCUUCCACUCGUGCCCGAAUCUGCUGUGACCUGGAUGUCUUGGCCAGCAAGAAGGUACACCGUCCUUGGAGGAAACAUGCAAAU